AUGUCUGAACACUUCCGGUUCUUGGGUCUACCGUCAUCCAUUCGCGCACACAUCUACCAACUGAUUAUCGCAGACGAUGAAGCUCAAUUGGCUACACAGGCCCCAAAUACCUCAAAUACAGCGAGUAGUUGGAAGUCGGGCCAGGAUAUUCGUAACUUGCUCCUGACUCAUUCCCGCAUAUAUGCAGAGCUGUCAUACGCCCAAAAGCACUUGGUUGUCCAAUACAGAAAUAACCGAAGUCUCCAGAAACUGCAUGACUUGACACCGGCCGGAAUCCAGUCUCUUGUUAAACUGACUGUUCUUCUGAAUGUCAGUACCUGUGAGCCAGGAUGGGGGUGUUGUAAACUCCGGUCGUGUGGCAGUUGGGGGUGUAAUCGGCACGACCAACCGCUCAGCUCGACAUCACCACAUUAUCAUGAAGUCCUUGAGAAGUGGUACAGCGCGAUUGAGUACAUAGUACCAUUUGUACGACCAAAUCGGUUACAGCUGUUUUUUAUCUGCGAUGUUGCGGACAUGACAGCGGCUAGGGCGGUUGUUGAACCACUACUCAAUGAGACUCUUCCUACGCUUGGAGAGUGUAACAUUCGCCUAAGCGCAGACGCUGAUCCUGACAUACGACAAAUUGCACACCGAGCAGCAAAGCAAGCCAUGGGUCUUUCAUUCACGGAGCCACAAUCUCCAUUCCCCUUCCUGGAUUUACCUUGGGAGUUGCGACAUCGGAUCCUGCAAUACACCGAUCUAAUCACGUCCUUCCGCGAGCUCACCUGGAGUCCCUGUUCUGGAUAUCAUGUCACAUUUGCCGUAGACUAUUGCGAAGGGGAAUGUGCCCCUGAGGACCAUCACGCCUCCCUGUUUCAUGAUUGCUGGAAGAGGCCUGCAGUGAUUGACAUUGGAUGCUUCUGUUCCCGCUUCCACUCCGUCUUUUCAAAUCAUUGCCAGUGCUGGCAUUUUCCGAGCCCAUUCUUCCUGGUCUGUCGUGCUUUUCGGAAAGAUGCUUUGUAUGUCCUCUUUACGCAGAAUCGAUGCAUCGUCACUCCAGUUGAUGGGUAUGGCUGCGCACCAAAAACUGUUCUGUCGUGCUUUGAAAGUUCAAUCUUCUUGCGUGACAUCGUUCCAUCGGACUACCUAUGUCGGUUGAAAUUCCUUGAAAUCGUCUUCCCUCCAGUGGAUGAAGAAUACCUCGAGCCUCGAGGGCCUGCACUCCAGGACUGGGAGCACACAAUCGACUACUUCAAGGACAAGCUAAAUCUCCCGACUCUCACUCUACUCAUAUAUUUCGCAGACUUCUACGGCUCCUGCCACGCACCUGUCUCCCGAAAAGAACUAGGCCGCGAAGAAGGAACGUCCAAGGUAUUAGGGGCAUAUAUGCAAAUCACUCGUCCCUUGGAGAAGCUAAAGGCAAAUGGACUCACUCGGCUAUUUGUGCAUGCGGCCUGGCCAUGGACAUGGACAAGGGACGGAGAAAACGCUCUGCUGAGGCAGGAGUGGAUUGUGAAGAAGGAUGUAAACGAGAUUGAAAAGGGGCUAGAGAGCCAAGUUAUGGGGGAGGGUUAUGAUAGCGCCUUGUUGGGAAAGAAUGGGUUUCCGAAGAGUCAGUGGCUGAAGGAUCAUGAGAUAUAUGUCUUCGGUGGUAUGUCGAACUCGGUUUCCACAUCCGACGGCGAUGUCCACGUCCUUUCCUUGCCAUCUUUUCGCUGGAUCCGGGUCGUAGAUGGUAAUGACCUCCGAAUCGAGCACAAGUGCCAACUUGCAGGAAAGCACACCAUGCUGGCUAUUGGAGGGCUUAUUCCACAUGGCAGUGAGGAGUUUAAACCCAAAACAUCCACCUGUGACAGUGGCGCGUUCCAGAACGGGAUAGGAAUUUUUGAUCUCAAUGAGCACGACUGGCUUUUUAAUUAUGACGCGGAUGACGGGGAGCACAAAGUACAUCAGAACAUUUCCGAUGUUAUUGGGGGAAGCAAAACUGGCGGCGCCACUGUUACGAAACCCGAGAAAGGAUUCGGCAGCACUGAUAUAGCCAAUCUAUUCAAAAACAAAAAGACAGUCCCCAGCUCAAGCACCUCCCCAUCAUCAACAUCGACAGCCCAAUCCGACACUAGCUCCAACUCCAUCUCAAAGGGCGGCAUCGCAGGAGCAACCGUCGGUGCCGUCGGCAGCGCUGCUGCCCUGUGUGGUCUAGCAUUCUUAGUCAUCGCGUACAAGCGGCGUCGCAACACGAAGCGGAACCUCGAUACCACAGACCUAAAUGGUAAAGGCAGACAGCCUCAUUUGGCGGAACUCCAUGGACAAGAGAGGUCAAUUGAGUUGGGCAUGUCGGAGGUUGCGGAGAUGUCUGCGAAUAAUGUGCCGCCGCAGGAGUUGCCGGCGGAUAUUAGCCAUACAAGGGCAGAGUUGGAUGGAUCGCAGAGUAGCCGGUAAUCGGGGUGGAUGAAGGCUAUAUCAAUCACUAUAGGAAGUGUUGUACAUAAUCAUAAUAGGGUAUCGAUGUACUUGUAUCUAAUCCUAAUAAACUAAACCGAGCCGGUGGUGUAAUGAUAUUGGAAUAUCGGGACGAAAAAAUGGCUGACCGCAUCAAAUGGGAUAGAUUUCGAAUCUUUUUAAGAACCCCCUUCUUCACAAGCUGCUCACGGUGAUGAAGCACCGGAUGGUAAGUUGAAACGGAUAAACCAAUGUAGCGGUUAAAACUCCGUAUCGGGGAAGUCGGGGGAGUCGAUUAUCCGGACUGCACGAGGCUGUAGGCGACGAAUUUUAAUUACACAAGGAGGAUAACAUUGAUCUCUAUAGACACAAAGGUG